UGUACUUUUGGAGCACAACAGGGCUCCCCUCCUGUUUAUUUGUAGCUCUAAAUGUGGCCCCCGUGUGUUGUCUUCACCUAGAAAUCACACUGUAGGUAGCAGCGAGCUAACCCCUUUGUGUUUGUUGCACCUACAGUUACAGUAGUCUGCACCUUUAAGCCUGUGAGUGCACCGGGUUCAUGUGUCCGUAAAGGCGCACGAUAUGACCGAACAGUGCAGCACGCGCAGGCUACAGCAGGACAGUGCACCUACAGUAACCUGGCGGGUCCUACCCAAAAAUGUCUGUGUCUUUAAAAAGAAGUCUUUACCGAGCGGUGCAUGAUGUCAGGCUGCUUACAGUCCGUAUACUGUUCAUGUGAGCGGCGUUCACUUCCUGCACAGGGACAGACAGAAGCGGGCAGAGAGAGAAAAGAGAGAGUGGGAUAGAGAGAUGGGGGACGAAGAAGAGUGAUAGAGUAGAGAGUGAGCCAGCGGACGAGGGGAAAGCGGGCCUGCUUCUUCUUCUUUUUUGGUACACCCCGCAAACUUUAUACGAAGAGAAAGCCUCCCACAUCUGCGCCAGCUGACAGCCGCAGUUUAUGGACCAGCGACAUAUCGGUACGAUGGAGAUCACAACCACAAGGUCACUGCCAUUUACUGAGAAUCCUCCAAAGUAAAGACAUGCCUCUAUCAGCAGCGGAGUCUGCAGUAAAUAUCUGAACACGCAUCUUCCUCUUCCUCUGCGGCCAACAUGUCCCAGCUGCUCCAUGUGGAGAUUCCCAACUUCGGAGCCACCGUUCUGGGUUCCUUGAAUGAGCAGCGCCUGCUGGGACACUACUGCGAUGUCUCCAUCCUCGUUAAAGGCCAGGCGUUCAAAGCCCACCGGGCCGUUUUGGCUGCCAGCAGCCUCUACUUCCGCGACCUCUUCAGCAGCUCCACCAAGACCCAGUUUGAGCUGCCCUCCUCCGUCACACCUGCUUGCUUUGAGCAGAUCCUCACUUUCUGCUACACAGGGAAGCUAACAAUGGCAGCUAGUGAACAGCUGGUGGUGAUGUACACAGCUGGCUACCUCCAGAUUCAGCAUAUAGUUGAAAGAGGCAUGGACCUAAUGUUCAAGGCGAACUCCCCGCACUGUGACUCGCAAACAGCCGGGUCCUUAGAGGAGACGGGAUCUGAGCCGCAGAGUCCUUGUAAUAAUGGGAAUGGACUAGCUGUGGCGGCUCCUUUUGGGACCCCAGGGUGGUCUCCAUCUCUGCUUAUGCCGCAGAGAAAGAUCAAACUAGAAGGUGGGGACCCCACGCCUCUGACGGCACCCUCAACGCAAAGCAAGAACUUCUCCUCGGAGCUGGGGAGCCGCCUGGCGAGGGCCAGUUCGCUCUUCUACACAACCGCAGGUGGAACUCAGAUCCUUGGCGUCCCGCCUUACCACCUUCAAGGAGCCGGUGGGGGUGGAGCAGGAAAUGGAGGUGGAGGAGGAGGAGGGGGAGGAGGAGGAGGAGUUGAAAGGUCCAGUCCUGGAGCAUCCAGCCUGCCGACCACUGACAGCCCUACGUCCUACCAGAAUGAGGACGAGGAGUUUGAAGAGGAGCCGUACGACGGGAUGGCAGACGAUGCCUACAGUCAGCUGUAUGGACGCUCGGCCAACCCCUACGGGCUCCAGGACAAGACCGACAUGGCAGCAGUGCCCUUGGCCUUGGAGAACCGCAACUGUGUGCUGAUCCGCAGGGACCUGGUGGCUCUGCCUGCAAGCCUCAUCAGCCAGAUCGGCUACCGCUGCCACCCCAAGCUCUACACUGAGGGGGACCCAGGGGAGAAGCUGGAGCUAGUAGCUGGUACACAGGUGUUCAUGACUCGAGGCCAGCUGAUGAACUGUCAUCUAUGUGCUGGAAUCAAACACAAAGUCUUGCUCCGCCGCCUGUUAGCCACCUUCUUUGACAGAAACACUUUAGCUAAUAGCUGUGGGACAGGGAUCCGUUCUUCUACUAGUGACCCCAGUCGGAAACCCCUGGACAGCAGGGUCCUGAACGCUGUCAAACUCUACUGUCAAAAUUUCAACCCUAACUUCAAGGAGAGUGAAAUGAAUGUGAUCGCCGCCGACAUGUGCACAAACGCGAGGCGCGUCCGUAAGCGAUGGCUGCCCAAGAUCAAGUCCAUGCUGCCUGAUGGCAUGGAGGUGUACCGCGCAGGAAUGGGCAUGGGUGCUGCUGCUGCUGUGGGUCUGGGCUUGGCCCUGGGUGCCCCUCAGCCAGGGUUACCCCUCCCCUUUGAUCACGAUUUCAAGUCCUUAGAGCAAAGGUUGUACCCGGAUCGUAAGGACCCUCUCAGGACUCAUCAGCCACUGACGGAGGGCAGCCCCGGGUCAGGAGGAGCCAGCGGGGAGGCUGAAGGUGAAGGUGAAGGAGUAAUCCAAGAGGAUCAGGAGGAAGAGGAGGACGAAGCCGGGUUAGAAGGGGUGGACGGAUCACUGGGGGCGCCAUCUUUGAUCCCAGGUGCUGAUGCGGGCGGUUGUGGUGACACGCCUCCCGAGCAGGAGGUGGAAAGUUUUGGACAAGGUUUGAGAGUGAACGGACAGUGAACGCCUCUGUGAAAUCUGUUUAACACCGCUUUUCUUUUUGCUUGCUCUCUCUUACUCUAACAUCUCGCCCACCACUCUUUCUUCUCCUCCGUGCUUCCUCAACGGGAAUUUUCAGCACAAAAAGCAGCGCUCCUAGGUCUUAAUAUACAGGAAUUUUUGUCUCACAUGCAUGUGCACACGUGUACACAAACUGAUAGAAAACACUGGAAGUUGAAGGAGACACAGGCAUGGCAUUCACACAGAGAGAAAACAACUCGAUCUGCUCCACCCUUUUCUCCGUAUAUUCUGUGUUUACUCAGUAUUUCUGCACCCGCAGCUAUUUCACAAAGGCCUGAUAGCAGAACAAAUGGCUGAAUGAUUCAUCCUUCAGUUCAAUACAAAAGCAGCAGCUGCUUCAUGGGCACUUUAUGGUGUGUGGUGUUAUGAUUUAAAGUAUUUCCAUUUUCUUGGAAAGUUGUGUCUUAAAAUAACCUUUGUAACCUUGAGAAGAGCAGAUCAGGGACUCUCAAGGGUCCGUUUUGCAGUCUUCGACCUCUUUUGUUGACUAUAUAGAGAUAUCUAUCAAAGAUUGUAUUGUCUUAUUAUCAAAGGUCGUGUCCUUUAUGAACGGAACAAAUGUCUUUUCCGUUAAAAUUGCAUUUUUGUGGUAAAGAUUAGAAAAGUUUUUCCCCGAAUCCUAAAUACUUUGCUGCAGUCUAAAAAAUAAUCUAUCACAUGGCGUUGUUUUUCAUGCAUUUUACACCCCGAAACAAAUCAGAUUAAAUAGUCAAUGUGAUGCCUGUGUCUGCUCCAGAACGCCUCCUUUGAACUACCAACAUACAUACACAUUAACAGUUCUCACCUUAGGAUACUAGCCUUUAAUAUCUGCACCCAUGCAUUGAAAACACACCUUCUGAAAAAAAUAAAACAGUGCUUUUUAACUUUGAAAAUUUACUUACGCCAUCCUGUCUUGGAGAUACAGAGAGACAUGAGCAACAUGCAUUAAACCCGAGCUUGCAUGCAUGAAAAAUGAAAGAAAACAAAGCCACAAACCUGCAUUGAAAUAAGAAAACAGCUACUGUUGCCUCGAGUUACACCAUUAAUACACAAAAAGGACUUUUCCCACCAUUUUUAACCAGGAUGUGACAUCAGAAGCAACCUGGCUUUGACCCAGGAUGGACUGUUUUGACACAGUAUCUAUGACAGUUUCCUUUUUUCUUAAGCAGAGCGUGCUGUCACCAUGAGUAAAGAUGACUGAAUACAUGGUGUUAUAAGGAAGUGAAAGAGAGAAGCACUGUUUCACCUUAAUGCAGUGGUUUGGGCCUGCUUCCAUCUUGUUUUUUUUGUUUCUAUUUCUCCCAAGGGGGGGUAAAUUAUUGAAUAAAACCAAUAAGAGCAAUCUCUGCUGGCUUGUCGCAUUUGCACUCUAAAAAAAGGUGUGAAACUAAUGCAAAUGUGACUGUACUAAAGACUGAAACUGUCCUCCACAUCACUGAUUAUUUAUUUGAUGCGAGGGCUGUGGGUUUGGAAGGAGAAAAAUGGUCUCUAAGACGAUAAAUGUUCCUAUUUUUUUGGACGGGGAGAAAGCAGAGUGGGUCUAGCAGGGACUUAAAACCUGUAUUUUCUUUUUUUUGAUAUCUGUUUUCAUGCUUUCUGCCUUUUGUUGUCUGUGAAUUGGUUUUAGGAGAUACACUGUUGUAUGUAUUUUGUUGUUUCUGAUCAGUGUCAAAGCACAUUGAAUAACCCCAAAGUUUUUAAAGCCACAAAUACUUUUAAAGUGUUCAAAUGAAUCUGUUUAUUUCCCACAGCAGAAAUUCAAAGCUAAGCUAACAACCGAGCAAAAAAAAUUUGCAUAUGCCCCAAUCUAAAUUGGAUCUUUUUGUUUAUGCGUCAGUGCUGUGCAACUUGAAAGUCUGGGUCUGAUUUUUCUCCGUCUGAGAAGCUUUAAGAUGUCCCUGCACAAGAAACACAGGGUUAUAAUUGCACUAGGUAAGAAUUAAAACGUUUACAGAACCUUUUUUUUUUUUUCUUUAGAAGAGAUGUGAUCUGUCGUCGAUGAAACAGGGCUGUAACAGAGUGGCUGAGGUGAUGAGUGAAUGUAAACUGUAGCACUGCUUUGACUAAGUCGAAAGCUUUUGAUAUGACACCUUUUCUUUUCCUGAAUUGUAAAUUCUUCAAAGAGGGCCACAUUAUAACUUUAAUUUUACUGUGAUUUUAUUUUAUUAUUAUUUUCUUUUCUAAGCUGAUGUGAACAAGUCUUCCGAUGUGGAAAACACCAUCGUGAGUUAUCCUGGUAUACAGAAAACUGAGCGAGACCCUGUAUGUGUAUAUAUAUAUAUAUAUAUAUAUAUAUAUAUAUAUAUAUACACUAAAAGAUUUGAAAAAUUAUUUCCUCCUUUUAUUCUGAAUUUCUUCAGCUUCACGUCCUAAAAUUGCUCAGCUUUUAACCUUUUUUGAAAACCACAGGAAUGUGGAAACGUUUGUUUAUUUGUCAGCUAAAGUGAAAGUCUUCCUGAAAUGCAAACAUUAUGGAAAAAGGUUGUCCAACUUUUCAAUUUUCUUUGCCACAGCAAGAUUAAAAAUGACAAAAUUUCAAUUGCAUCCACAAGUAUAGAAGCCUAAAAAAUCUGCACAUCUACAGUCAUGUAUUUUACCCACAAAUUAAAAAUUUGAGUCCUUUGAAAUGCAAGCCAACUCCCCUACGAUGUCUUCAAACAAGCACUACCCGGAAUAAACAAUGCAUUUUGGGCAUUUAAAUACCAAGCAACUGCAUCAUAAUUAUAAUACAUUUAUUUGUAUAGCACAUUUAAAGAGAAAGAUUUACAAAGUGCAGAAAAAAAGGAACAGACUCCAACCAAGAGAUAAAGACAGCAAAACAACACACAAACAACAUCAAGAGAACUCAACCUCCUACGACCCAGUGUCCACAUGUGAUGACAUCAGAUUUUUUGGUUCCCUGCACCAAUACUUGGAACUUUGCGCAACUUAGACCUGUUAGCCUCAUUUGUGGGUGAUUUGUCUGCCAUCUUGUGGUCGCAAAAGCACAUUACAAUUAUCAGUGUACAUUCACAAUGGUCACCAUCCUUACCAAAAUGCACUACAGUCACUCUCAACACAAAACUGGUCAAGAUACAAAAACUCUUAAAAUUGUACGAUGGAAAUGUGUUUAUAGUUUGAUAUGCAUGCAUUUUUGACAAGUUCUAUUGAUAUUAACAGGCUACAACACCACUAAAUGCACAUACUCGUUGACAUUAGGACUUUAUUUAAUGAUAAUAUAAUAAUGCUUGGGAAGACUGGAAAGAGACCAACAGCUUACAAGUGAAAGUGAGUAAAAUGUGUAAAUAUAUUUAUUUUCCAGGCUUUUUCAAACUCUGUUUUUGCACCAGUUCAGUCGAAUUAACCGAUGUCCUUAUAUGAGGACAUCAUUUAAAAAACUGCUUAUUGAAACACAAAGUUGAGCUUCACUAGGUCCUACUAAUUCCAAAUAAAGCUCAGGUCUCAGGAGGUUAAGGUAGAAGAACCUAAACUAAACAAAAACCCAACCUACAUAUGAAGCCCAAACAUUAUUACCCAGACAUCCUGAGAUUAUUAGUGCUAAAACAUCCUGAGACAUUAUAAGAAUUAAGACAUCCAAGUCAUCAUAAGGACUAGGACAUCCCAAAAUAUAAUGGGAACUAAGACGUCACAUGACAUCAUAGGAACCAAUGAUUACCGGCCAAAUCAGGAACCCAACUACAAAACUUGGGACCGAAAAAAAAUCCCAAAGUAAUUCAAAGAUAAACUAUAAGAAUAAAAACAAUUACAAUACAUCUUCAGGGGCAAGAUGAACCUGAAUUAAUUCCCCACUGGUGGAAAUUUGGUUUUCCCAACAGCUCACAAUAGAGGGCAAAAGUACUCAGCUAUGUUCCAAAGUAAAGAAAGACUGUGCCUAUAUUUGAAUACAAGAUGACUAAAACAGGUACAGUUUUGCUUGUUGAAAGACCUAGACCAGAUUUUAAGAGAAACACCCGGUAUUGAGGUGAGAGAGGGGCUGUAUUUCCAGGUAAACUUAGGCAUCUAAAAUAAUGAUUAUGAUGCUAAUAUUAAUAGUGUAAUGUGCAGUUAAAGAGUGAACAGAUCAAGACUACCUGGUAAGGGAACUCACUUGCCUGCAUCUUAUGCAAACAGCCGCCCAUACAUGAUCUCCGUGGCUGUGAGUCCCACGCAGUGACGCUGCUGGAAAAACAAAUGAAUGGGGGGGAACUAGCCAUGAGUUGAGAGGCUAGUGGAGCAUUUUUAACCGCUUUUCUCCCUUUUUUCUCCCUUGUUUUGUUAUAAGCAUGCUUUUGAAGGUCACAGUGAUAUACUCUAAGACAAAUAAUUCCUGCAGGGUGCUGCAAUUGAAAGAUUCGAGAUGAAAAGUUUUAAAAGUCGUGAUGUGUCGUUUGCGGACGAACUGGUUUAAAGGGCUCCUUUUACAAGAGUCGGCUUCUUUUUUCCAAUGUUUAUUGUUGUUUUAAAGAAUUAAAGGACAAAAUUAUACCAAGCCAUUCAGGAGCUGAAAGACCAGCUCAUAAUACAGAGUGGAGACAAAAAAUCUGGAUCCAUAACGAGAGCUGAAAUUCCCAUCACUCCAAGCAAAGCUAGACGAACAUAAAUAUAGCCAGGCUUUUGUUUAUAAAGAGAAUACCUCAGUUUACAUCAGAUGACAAGGAAUGCAAACAUCCCAGAUCUCCGUAGAAUUCAGUCAUAGCUAUCAUAUAGCAAAUCAUUUGCAUGGAUUAACACAAAGCAUUAAGAUUACAACUCGGUAUCCACAUUCCCAAACAGCUAUGAAUCCCUGUGUUGUGUAAACAAAUACAUUAAAUAGCUAAAAUAGGUUGGUGACAUUUUGGUACUGUAAUUUUAUCAAUAUAUUUGUAUGCAAUUUAAACAGUAUGCUGAACUUAUCUUGCAAUUUUUGGUGAUUUAGUACCAGAUAUUUCCCAAUAAAUCUAAAACUGUCUGAUUAAAGCAUAUUGCUGUUAUGUCCAGUAUUUAAUUUUACUUGUACCAUAUCAAAUUGUAGUAUAUUAGUGUUGUGACACCCCUAUUUUAGGAUAUUGUUAUUCCUAAGACAUUGCCAAUUUCUUUAUUUGUAUUUUUUUAUUUUUAAUUUAGACAGCGUGGGGGAGUUUGCUUGCAUUUCUGAUGAUUAAAGUCAAGACAUCUCCUAAUAUUGACUGCCUAGGACUUGUUUCUACUUGUAUAUUACCAAAGUUAAGACUUCUGGUUCUGUGUAAUGCAGUUGUUUUACAAGCUGCAACCUAAUACGGCUGUGAAACAGCGCAGCAAGCAUACCAUGCGCACUAAAUCAGUGCGUCUGAACAGGUUGAAUUUGCAUGGCUACCCUUUUUACUCAUCAAAAUGGAUAAAGAAAAAACUCAAAUUAGAACAAAGCAGGGUUGGAAACUUUGAUGUACUCCACUGUGGCUGUAGAGAGGUGUGGAGCAGUGCCUUAGACUGUGGCUGUGUGGGUGUGGAUGUUGUGAUGUGAUCCGUAAUGUUCCUAUAAAGGUUUACUGCAGACAUGACAGAUUUUUCUGCUUAAUUUCCACCCUUCAAAAGCCUUUUCUUAAUGCUACGUUUGUCACUUAUUUUCAUGUUUUUGCAUUCGUGUUUAAAGGAGACGGUUUGCUGAAAGCGACAUUUUUAAAGCUCCUGUGUGGGAAUUUGUGAUGGCUGUAAAAUGGACUGAAAUUAACAACAAUAAUUCAUCAUGAGCUAUAAAUCAAAAUAAGACCUUAGAGAAUAUUUCUGCAAAGCUGUCUGAAUGCCUGUAUGUGCUGCUGACGGGGGGUAGGCGUCAGAUUAAAUUUGUCCAACAUUAGAUUUACCACAGCAAAGAUUUUAAAUUCAUUGUAUGCAUAUAGCUGUCAAAAGAUGAAAGGAUGAGAUUUUUUAGGUCAAAAAGUAACUUAAAGAAGGGAUAAGAUGUACUGCUUUGUCCAUAAGGGGCGCCAAAAUCAAUGCAAAGUUCCUCACAGGAGCUUUAAUUGAAACGGCUAACCAAGCAAAAAGUUUUGAUUUAUUGUGUAACUUUUUAAUACUGUUCAACCUUCUAAUUCCAAUUAAAAUUUGGCUUUUUUAAGAUAACAAUUUUUGAAAUUCAGCCUCAUAAAAAAAUCAAUUCCCUUUUGUACACUGUUUGUCUGCCUUACAGCAAAAUAAGCCUGGCUUCAACCCAGACAACAAAAAAAACUACCAAUCUGUUCUUUUUACUCCUCUCCUUACGGUCUUUUUUCUUGUGCAGGGUGAAUUUGAACGUAAACAAUGUUGCACUAUAAACUGAGAUAUUCUCAGAGAAUGUCACGGCCAACCCUUAAGCUCUGUUUGGGGUGGUUUAAAGAAAAAUGUAUCAAAUGUUAUGUAAUUUUCCUCAUACCUUUGAUUGAAAGCAGUAUCUCCUUCUAAGCAAACUUUUAUCUUUAUUUUGUGUCACCUGGAUGAUGGGUUAAAAUGAUUAAUAAGGUGGAAAAGAUGCUAUUUUCACAAACAUUUCUUUGUAAAAACCGCUCUGUUCAUGCCCCAUUACUGUCACAACUGUAAGCACGGUGGUCUUCGGUGGAUGGAUCCUGAAAACAAUACAUUUAUAUGCAAAGAGACACUUGUAUCAUAAACUGCAUGCCACUCAGACACUCACUCGAACCCGAUGAAACCUCUGAUCUUUAUGCACCGUGUAUUUUAUGCUGAAUAACUGUUGUCACUGUUAGCAAACAAACCCAGUGGGAGUCUACGAGAGGGGCCGUGUCUUUUUACCACACGCCCCGGCCUUUUCAUGAAUGUUUGAUUAAGUCAAAUCUAUAAAGUAGUGAUAAAGAGUGGAUACAAUGCUUAACUACCCAGAUGAGUGUGCAGUCCAACCUGCAGCAGACUCAGAAAAAAAUGCACUAAAAGUUUGUAUGUAUGUGUGUGUCCUUGAAAAAUAAACGCCAGCACUUUAGAACUACUUAGAAAAAAACGUCAAGAGUGGUUGAGGGGUAAGGAGAAAACUUUUAAAGCCAUGUGUUCAGAGCGCUGACAAUCAGAAUAGGAAUGAGACCCAAAGUGCAUUAUGGGAGAUGAGACAUGACUUGCUGUGCUCUUGCUGUUCGCUUCGUCUUUCUCCGGCUUUGCUUUGGUCUGUGCGAGCUUACUUUCCAGAGUGGGGGGACGUUGUGUUGCCAACGCCGGCCCUUCUUGGUUUUAAGUGUGUGUCUCUGCAACAAGGACUGAUGGGACUUUUGACUGACUCCUUGGUGCUUCAUGAACAGACGUGGACUGUAUCUGUUAUGCUCUGGUAGGCGUGGAUUUGCCGAGCCAGGCGGCAAUCUGGGAUGGGACAAUUUCAGUGUUGAUCCUGCUCUAUGUUUCAAAUGAAAAAAAAUGUUGAAAAUGUUUAUGCGCCUUCUGACUCAAGCAUCAAUAAUAUAUACAACGGAAAUGCAAGUUGCCACUUUUGAUGUUGCAUAAGAAUCUACCUUUCAUUCCCGUCAUGGUAUCUGCCAUCACCAGUUUCAGUUGUGUAGUCCAGGAGUACCUGAUUUCUUUAAAUGCAAUACAGAAAAAUCUGCUUUCUAAUAAAAGUCCUUACUUCACCAAA